CCAACCAGAUUGUAGCAUGCAAGGGUAGGCGGAGCCGUGGUGGGUAAAGCCUUGUGUUACUGCUGUUCCUGAGCGCUGGGGCAGUGGAAGUGUUGAGUGGGUGACGGGGGCUGUUAGCGCUUCUCUGGGCUCUGUGCCUGGCUCCCCUCAUGUGUAGUGGAUUACUCUAAAGCAAAGAGAAUGCAGCCGGUGCCGAAGCAGGGAGGAAAAGCGAACCCCGCGCAGAAUGCUAACUUCUGCUCCAAACUCUUCUUCUGGUGGCUUAAUCCAUUAUUUAUUCUUGGUCACAAGCAAAAGCUUGAAGAAGAUGAUAUGUAUGAAGUGCUUCCAGACGAUGCCUCGAAGAAACUUGGGGAAGAACUGCAAUGGUACUGGGAAAAAGAAUUACAAAAAGCUCAGAAAGAAGGGUGCAAGCCUUGUUUAACGAAAGCCAUCAUCCGUUGUCACUGGAAAACAUUUUCUGUUUUAGGACUCUUUACAUUGAUGGAGGAGACAGUAAGAGUGAUCCAGCCAAUAUUUCUUGGAAAUGUCGUUGUUUACUUUGAGAGAAAUUAUGUAAACGACUCGGAAGCCUUGACAAACGCAUACAUAAAUGCUGCAGCCUUGUCCGUCUGUACACUAAUGUUAGCAGUUGUUCAUCACAUAUACUUUUAUCAUCUGCUACGGGCUGGUAUGAAACUUCGAGUAGCCAUGUGCCACAUGAUUUAUAGGAAGGCACUUCGACUUAGCAAUACAGCAAUGGGAAAAACAACAACAGGACAAAUCGUAAAUCUUUUGUCAAAUGAUGUGAAUAAGUUUGACCAGGUUACAAUCUUCUUGCAUUUUCUAUGGGCUGGUCCAUUGCAGGCCAUUGCAGUGACAGUGCUACUGUGGAUGGAAAUUGGCCCAUCUUGCCUUGCAGGGAUGGCAGUCCUUAUCAUACUGAUGCCUUUGCAGCUCUGUCUAGGAAAAUUCUUUACUUCAUUAAGGGGGAAGACUGCAGCUUUCACAGACACCAGAAUUCGAACCAUGAAUGAAGUAAUAUCUGGGAUGAGAAUAAUUAAGAUGUAUGCUUGGGAGCAAUCGUUUUCAGAGCUGGUUAAUAAUAUACGCAAGAAGGAGAUAAACAAAGUCCUUCGAAGCUCAUACCUUCGCGGCCUGAACUUGGCAUCAUUCUUUGUUGCAAGCAAAAUCAUAUUGUUUGUGACAUUCACCACAUAUGUUCUGCUUGGCAAUGUUAUCUCUGCAAGUCGAGUAUUUGUUGCAGUGUCCCUUUAUAGUGCAGUGAGACUCACUGUCACUCUCUUCUUCCCCUCAGCUGUUGAGAGGGCAUCGGAGGCAAGGGUCAGCAUAAGGAGGAUAAAGAAUUUCUUAUUGCUUGAUGAAAUCUCAAAACCAGCAGUAGAACUGGAAAAUGAAGAAAAUCUUUUAGUUCAAAUUCAAGAUCUGACAUGCUACUGGGACAAGACACUGGAAACCCCAACACUUCAAAAUAUAUUGUGCAGUGUAAGACCAGGGGAAUUACUGGCUGUAAUUGGACCAGUUGGAGCAGGGAAAUCUUCCCUGCUGAGUGCUGUGCUUGGUGAACUGCCAAAAGAUAAAGGCUUUGUGGAUAUCAGAGGAAGAAUUGCCUAUGUCUCUCAACAACCAUGGGUAUUUUCUGGUACUGUUAGAAGUAACAUAUUGUUUGGGAAAGAUUAUGUCCAAGAAAAGUAUGAAAAAGUCCUGAGAGUAUGCGCUCUUAAAAAGGAUAUGCUGCAGUUAGAAGAUGGGGACCUGACUAUAAUAGGAGAUAGAGGUGUCACACUGAGUGGUGGACAGAAAGCACGUGUAAAUCUUGCAAGGGCUGUGUACCAGGAUGCUGAUAUUUAUUUGUUGGAUGAUCCUCUAAGUGCUGUUGAUGCAGAAGUUGGAAGGCAUUUAUUUGAAAAGUGCAUCUGCCAGGCUCUGCGCAAAAAGCUUUGCAUUUUAGUGACUCAUCAGCUCCAGUAUCUCAGUGCUGCUAAACAAAUAUUGAUACUAAAAGAGGGUCAAAUGAUUGGAAAGGGAACAUUUCAAGAACUACUACAGUCAGGUAUCGACUUUGCUUCUCUUUUGAAAAGUGAGGAAGAGGAGCAGUCACAGCCUCAAGAAAGUCAACUGUUAAAGUCAUCAAGGAACCGUACAUUUUCAGAGUCAUCUGUGUGGUCCCAGGAUUCUUCAGUACAGUCACACAAAGAAGGAGCCACAGACCAUCUUGCUACUGAACCUGUUCUUACUGCAAUUCCUGAGGAGAGCCGCUCUGAAGGAACAGUGGGAUUCAAAGUGUACAAGAAGUAUUUCACUGCUGGGUCUAGUUACUUGAUGUUUUUUGUAGUGUUGCUGCUUAAUAUUUUGUCACAGGUUGCCUAUGUUUUGCAAGAUUGGUGGCUUUCCCAUUGGGCAAACGAACAGGGGAAACUAAAUACCACUUCAGGCACAAACAGCACCGGAUCAAACACAGAGCAACUAGACCUCACCUUGUAUUUGGGAGUUUAUGCAGGUUUGACAGCUGCAACAAUAAUUUUUGGUGUCCUUCGUUGCUUGCUGGUUUUUCAUGUUCUUGUUUGUGCUGCUCAGGCUUUGCACAAUCACAUGUUCCAAUCCCUUCUCAAAGCUCCGGUCCUGUUUUUUGACAGAAACCCAAUUGGGAGGAUUCUAAAUCGUUUUUCCAAAGAUAUUGGACACCUGGAUGACUUGCUCCCUUUUACGUUUUUGGACUUUAUGCAGGUGUUACUCCAAAUUCUAGGUGUUAUUGCUGUUGCAGUGUCUGUGAUUCCAUGGAUUUUGAUACCCUUGCUUCCUCUGGUUAUUGUCUUUUACUUUUUGCGGAGAUAUUUCUUAGACACAUCAAGAGAUAUCAAACGACUUGAAUCAACUACUCGAAGUCCAGUCUUCUCCCACUUAUCAUCCUCCCUCCAGGGGCUUUGGACAAUUCGUGCUUUCAGAGCUGAGAAGCGCUUUCAAGAUUUAUUUGAUGCCCAGCAAGAUCUUCAUUCUGAGGCCUGGUUUUUGUUCCUUACUACAUCUCGUUGGUUAGCUGUACGUCUUGAUGCCAUCUGUGCUGUGUUUGUUAUGGCCAUAGCUUUUGGGUCAAUAAUCCUUGCUGAAAAUCUUGAUGCAGGGCAGGUCGGUUUAGCAUUAUCUUAUGGCAUCACAAUCAUGGGGACCUUCCAGUGGGGAGUGAGACAAAGUGCUGAAGUUGAGAAUCUGAUGAUAUCUGUUGAAAGAGUUAUGGAGUAUACUCAACUUGAAAAAGAAGCAAAAUGGGAGUCUAAGAAUCCCCCUCCUACAGACUGGCCUACUAAAGGCAUGAUCACAUUUGAAAAUGUCAAUUUUUCUUACAGCCUAGAUGGACCACUUGUAUUAAGGCACUUAAAUGCUUCAAUCAGACCAAAAGAAAAGGUUGGAAUAGUAGGCAGAACCGGAGCAGGAAAAAGUUCACUAAUAUCUGCUCUUUUCCGUCUGGCUGAACCAGAAGGAAAAAUUUGGAUAGAUAAAUAUUUAACUUCAGAACUUGGUCUACAUGACCUUCGGAAAAAAAUGUCCAUUAUACCACAGGAGCCUGUUUUAUUCACUGGAACAAUGAGAAAAAACCUUGAUCCUUUUGAUGAGCACGCAGAUGAGGAAUUGUGGGCUGUUCUAGAAGAGGUUCAACUCAAAGAAGCGGUAGACGAGUUGCCAGGAAAAAUCGAGACCCAGCUGUCUGAAUCAGGCUCCAAUUUUAGUGUGGGUCAAAGACAACUUGUGUGUCUGGCCCGGGCAAUAUUGAGAAGAAACCGAAUAUUGAUUAUUGAUGAAGCUACAGCAAAUGUGGACCCAAGAACAGAUGAACUGAUUCAGAAGACCAUAAGAGAGAAAUUUGCUGAAUGCACAGUACUGACCAUUGCACAUAGACUCAACACCAUUAUUGACAGUGAUAAAAUUAUGGUGCUGGAUUCUGGAAGUGUUAAGGAAUAUGAUGAGCCAUAUGUUUUGCUACAAAACAAAGAAAGCCUUUUCUACAAAAUGGUGCAACAAGUGGGAAAGGCUGAAGCAACUACUUUAAAUGAAGCAGCCAAACAGGUACACUUGAAAAGAAUCAAUCAAGAAAACGCCAAAAACAACACAAGAGACAACACAGAACCAUUUAUUAUUUUUGAAACUGCUUUGUGAUUUUUGCCCUUGGGUGUUACUUAUUGACACAGUUUUAUACUAAAUGUCUAUAAUAGAUCCAUAUUCUUGUGAACUCGCCAACUGCAUUGCCACAUGAUACUGAGCACUGCAGAAUUGGCACUCACACUCUGACUUCUGGAGUCAAAUUAGCUUAAUUAGUAAAAUAAUGUUGACACCAUUUUAAAAAUACUGAUACAGAAAUGCAAUGGAACUUUAUUUCACUGAAAAUGCAGCCCAAAAUACUGCCUCAACACUUUACUGAGCACAAGAUUAUUUUGGCAGCAACUUGAGUUCUGGUGUUCCAUGAAGCGUCAUAUUUGCAGGUUGCUUUAUGUCCACAAAUAGAGUGAUUUAGGCAAAACAUAGUGCUUCUGCAUCCGUUUCAGAUUUUUUUCAAAGGUGGGCAUCAUAUUGCUUUAAUUCAGUGGUGUUCACAAAAUGGGCCAGAUUCCAUUAGAUGACAAAGCCUUAUCUCCUUAUUCAAUUCCAGACUGUCCUGGAUAGCCAGAUGAGAUACAGAAAAGCAGUUUAUCACAUGAAAAUGCUAUCAAGUCUAAAAUAACGUCUUCUCAUUUAUCAGUUAUCAAACAUUUAUGCAGUGGUAACUGAUUACUUUGCAGUUUGGGGCUCUUUUUUGGCUACCAAAUCUCCAUAAAUAUGUCCUUAAAUGAAGCUACUAGUACCAAAGUACAGUAUUUGCAGAAUUUUAUAAUCUUUAGUCUACUGCACCCAUUUUUGGUUGGAUGCUACAAUUAUGUGUACCCUGUACACAACAAUCUUUAACCUGUAAAAGUGCUGAAACUUUUUUUUUGUAGAAUUAAAUGGUCAGUUAAUUGCAUGUAGAACAAGGAAAUCCUUCACAUUGUCUGGAUCAAUACACAUUUAAUUUCAUAAGCCUUCUAGUAUAAUGGUUGUACUAUAGCUCAGUGCACUGGGGCUCAUUUAUUAACGCAGCACAUAAUUGGACGCAAAAUUUGACUGCGCCAUCACAAGCGACACCGCAAAUAUAUUUGCGUGUUAUUGCACUUAUCACUUAGCUUUUGCAAUGGCUUUUUUUAUGUGCUUUGCGCAAAAGAUUGGGCAUUUAUGUUGCAAACUAUGCCGUGUUUGAGAGGGGCGUGUCUGGGGGCGUGGCUACAAUGCGCUUGUACUGCGGCCAUCACAGAGAUGCGUCUAUAUAUUCGCACAUUUGCGCCCACACAACAGCACCACAAUUUUUACGACAGCCUCUUGGUGGCGUAAUAGUAAUGCUCUUCAAAAUAGCUGCGCUAGUUUGUUCGCAUUUUUGCGAUUCAUGUUGAUUGAAUGUCAAUUUUACUUAUGUGUGCAGGGCAAUACUGCUAAAUUGGGUUCUGGCAAUUAGUGUCUGCUGCCUGUUGGUGGGGAUGUUUGUUUUUCAGAUGACAAAUGCUGUGUCUAUUACUCCAGUUUCUAUUGAAAGCCUAACCUUUUCAUAUCUGAAUCUAUUACUGAAAUCGAUGCAUGUUUGCUAGGGUAAUUUGGACCCUAGCAAACACAUUGCUAAAACUGCAAACAAGAGAACUGCUAAAUAAAAAGCUAAUUAAAACAAACUCUACAACUAAUGGAAAAGGAUAACCACUAACCAAAUGUUAAACUAAAAGAUAACUCAAAGGAGAACAAGCAACCAGGUCUCGCCCCCAACAUUUUAAAAGAGACCAAGGUUCCUUUAAGAGUUCCAGGAUGCCGAAAAACCUUUGGAAGCAAAGAAAUAUUUGCGUAAAAACAAACGCAGGUGGGGCACAUUGAACGCAAUAUGCGCGAUAGGUAGCGCAACUAAAAUAAGAUGUGCGUUCAUACAUGCGCACAACUAAGCCUUACCUUUGCGGACUUCCAGAGCGCACAAUUUAUUAUAAGCAUUGCGACAACUGAGACGCAGUUCCGCGCCGUCUCAACUGCCUGCAUCUACAACAGCGCACAAUCGCACUUUUUAAGGUAUCUUGCAGGGUUGUGCGUAACAUUAAUAAAUACUCGCAUGCUCUGGGCAAAUAUCAGACCUCUGCGCUCUUUUUAGCGCUGCGCUGCGUUAAUAAAUGAGCCUCAGUGAGAGAAAGGCACUUCAGCUGUUGGAUGACUGCAAUUCUCUUAAUACCUCUGCUUACUCAACUAGACAUGGAGAUGGCGUUCAGCAACUAAAGUUUGCUUAUUUCACUAUAGAAGCACAUUACAUUAUAAACAAAUUGAUCUUGAUAAAGUGCAAAACCAUUUUUAAGUCUAAUAAAAAAUAUGCCUUACUAGUGUUUGCUAGUGACUGUUUAAAAAAAUAACCAUAAAUGUUGUUGUGUUGUAAGGACAUAUGCUAGCUUAUCUUGUACUUGAUCCCAACUAACAUAUAAUUAAUCUUUAUUGGAGGCAAAACCAGCCAAUUGGGUUUAUUUAAUGUCUACAUGAUUUUCUACUAGACUUAAGAUAUGAAGA